GUCUGUCAUGAUUGGCUGGUGCAGCGGCGUGCUCAGCAGGACGCUCGCACGCCUGACAAGAUGAAAAGGAACCAAUCACUAAUCGCCAACGGCAACCUGAGUUUAGAGGAGAAGAAGAGGAAGAUCUCGAGGAGUCUUCGUUGCCUGGAGGGGCGUGGCAUCCUGACUCCGCCCCACAGCGAGAACCAGAUCCUGCAGAUGAUCGCUAAGGACAUCCGUCAGCAACGCCUUCACCGUCAGCGACGAGGGGCGGAGCUUCAGAAGCUGAAUCAGACUCUCAGCAGUCUGCAGGUGAAGAGCAGCUUCCACAGUGAACAGGUGGACUACUACAGACAUUACAUCACUUCCUGUCUGGACAACCUAACCACCAGCAGUAAACUGACCAAUAAGAAGGCAGCAGAGAGCAAAGUGAAGAAGAAGCUUCCUGCUCUGAGCUACAGCGCCGCCCGGCUGCAGGAGAAGGGAGUGCUGCUGGAGAUCAGUGACCUGCCACACACACAGUUUAAGAACGUCGUCUUCGACAUCACUCCUGGACCAGAAACAGGAAGUUUCAAAGUAAAAGCACGAUUCCUCGGUGUUGAGAUGGAGGAGUUCCUGCUCAAAUACCAGGACCUGCUGCAGCUGCAGUACGAGGGUGUGGCAGUGAUGAAGAUGUUCGACAAGGCGAAGAUCAACGUCAACCUGCUCAUCUUCCUCCUCAACAAAAAGUUCUUUAAGAAAUGAACCCAGUGACUCUCUUACCUUACACGCCUAUCUUUGUGCUGUCUUACUACAUAAUCAGUCUUUGUGUAUCUCAAUAUGUCACAGAGUGAAGUGUCUUCACUACACUCUUAUCUCUGUUUUGUUGCACAAUUUCAUAUUUUUAUGAAAAACUAUCAUGUGUUUGAUUUCUUUAUCUACAUCACAUUAUUUAGUGCAGAGUGAAAUGUCCUCACUACAGUUAUAUCCAUGUAUGUCAUUACCUUGUUUUGUGUGUUUGAGUAUCUUUAUAACUUAGAGUGGGACAUCUUCUUAACACUCCUAUCUCUGAGGAUCAGAUGGUUGAUAAAUGGAUUUAAAUGUCUCACUUUGUUAUCUGUUUCAGGAUCAUGUUUUACACUACAGAGUGGGACUUCGUCUACACUCCUAUCUCUGUUUUUAACUCUACACUUCCUGUUAUCAGUCAGCUGAUCAAUAACUGUAAAUAUUUUCUGUCUCCUUUAAGAAACUUUAAAAUGUUUCAUCUUUUUUUAACUUGAAUAAAAAUGACAAGUUUUAAGUGAA